UACUUAUUCCCGGUGUAAAAAAAGUGUGCAAGAAGUGUGCUCUCCGCGAAUAUAAAUAAAAUAACAAAGCCAGGAUUUAUAUGCUUUGAAAUUAGAUGUUAGAAUGUCCCUGCAAACGGGCCUGGUUUUCAUUUUCACGAUUUUAGCCUCUGUUAGUAUCGUUGCGGCUAUCAUUUUGUUGGGCUGGUUUUUGAUUUGGAAGGCAUUUCUUUCUAAAUUUCGUCUGGUGCGGGAGCUAUUGGGCCAAGAGGAGCCGGAGGAGCAACAGCCACUCGUUUGGGAUCAUCAACUGGAACAACAGCAGCAUCAGGCCCGAGCAAGGAAAGCUCGCCGUGAUUAG